UUCUUUCUUCGGUUGUCCAUAAAUUGGACAUCAUUUAUUUUGAGUUUCAGACGCAAACUGUGCUUGUAAUUUUUUAAAAGUCAAUCUUUGUGUUCAUUUUUGAUCAUUAUCAAUAUGGCCGAGGCUGCUGCGAGCCAUGGAUGCAAUGAAGUCGCUGUCAACGUUAAAGAUGAUGAAAAUUCCCCUUGCCCUUCUGCCUGCAGAACUAAAAGAGACUUCAGCUUACAAUUUUCUGUGUCUUUCAUUCAGAAGAUUAUAGCUGAACUUUUGGGCACAUACUUUCUAAUUUUUGCUGGUUGUGCGGCUGUGGUGGUGAAUUCGGACAAUGAAAAGAUUGUGACACUGCCUGGGAUAUCAAUAGUGUGGGGACUGGCGGUGAUGGUGCUGGUUUACUCCGUUGGCCAUAUCUCUGGUGCCCAUUUUAAUCCUGCUGUCACUAUUGCUUUUGCAACCUGCAAGAGGUUUCCGUUGAAACAGGUACCAGCUUAUAUAACAGCCCAAGUUAUUGGAUCGACACUGGCGGCCGGAACCCUUCGAUUGCUCUUCCGUGGGAAGCAUGAUUACUUUGCAGGAACAGCACCGUCUGGGUCUGAUCUGCAGUCUUUUGUGAUUGAAUUCAUAAUCACUUUUUACCUCAUGUUUGUUGUAUCCGGAGUUGCCACUGACAACAGAGCGAUUGGAGAGCUUGCGGGGCUCGCUGUCGGUGCCACAGUGCUGCUUAAUGUGAUGUUUGCAGGGCCAAUAACGGGAGCUUCAAUGAACCCUGCAAGGAGCUUGGGACCUGCCAUUGUGUCAAACCAAUACAAGGGUAUAUGGAUUUACAUGAUUGCACCAGUUCUUGGGGCAAUUGCCGGGGCUGGGAUGUACAAUACGGUGAGGUACACAGAUAAGUCCUUACGGGAAAUUACAAAGAGUUCUUCAUUUCUAAAGAGCAUGAAUCAUGCCUAAAAGUUCAAUUAAAGAGUUUAAUUACAGAAUAAAAGUAAAAUAAAGUGGCACCUUGUUAUAUUUGGUGUUUCCUUUAA